GCCCCUUCCCCGCCAAUCGCGUCGCCCUCCUCCCGCUCGCUCGCCUGCUGCAGCCCCAGCGCCCGCGCCCUCCCUUCCCCUGUGCACCGGCCGCGCCCACUGCGCAGGCAGCGCCCUCCUCACUGCGCCGCUAGCGCUGCCAAGUAUCCCAGACCUCUGCUUGCUCCUCUGCCUCUGGCCACCAGCAACUGGAGACCCGCAUCGCGGAGCCCCGGUCCCCACUGCUGCGGCUGAGGAGGGGCCGCAGGGGCCGCCCAGCCUUUGUUCUACAGGCGGGGAAGCCUUGGCUGACCUGGGGGGCGGACCCUUCCCACCGAGCGCGAGCGCGGAGGGUCCCCAGUGCCUGAUGGAAGCUCUGCACCAGCGGCAGGGCACCUGGGUGACGCUGUCAUUUGGGUGAAAUGGUGGCAAGGGCUUUGGGCAGGCGGGGAGGGCUGGGAAGUAUGUUGAGAGCCGAGACUGGGUGACAGGUGUGGGAUGCCUUUAGCCAGGAGCGAGGGGCGGCUGAAAUGCUCACCGGAGGCAGGGCUGAGGCUGCCCUGUGGUCAGACGUUGUGUGCCCAGGUGGACAGGGACUGGCCAGGGUGUAGGCUUUUGUGGCGAAGAUGAGAGAGGAAUGUCAUCUGGAACCUGGAUGGUGGGUGGUCCCCUGGAAACAUCCCCAGAGCCAUUUGUCCAGUGCCCCCCAAGCAUGCUGCUGGACAGGCCAAGAGGAUCCUAUCCCCGCUGGGACUGGAUGGGGUUGGAACAGCAAGGGCACAACAGGCUUUGGGAAGAGGGUCUGUUGGUGAGGAAAAGUGGUGCAGAGGGGAGGGGCAGGGAAGAACUGGGCUCCCCCUGCCUCACAGGAGGACGUGAUGCCCAGAGUACCAUGCUGAGCAUCCUUGGGUCAGUGGUGCCGGCAGCUGUCCACACUGAAUUCGAGUGUGUUAAGGGUGCCAGGUCCAUUGGUUUAGAGCAUCCAGGACGCAGCUGUAAAGGUGAGCAUCUGCGGAUCUGCCCCCAGGGCUAUACCUGCUGCACCAGUGAGAUGGAGGAGAAUCUGGCCAACCGCAGCCAGGCUGAGCUGGAGACUGCACUGCGGGACAGCAGCCGCACCCUGCAGACCAUGCUGGCUGCCCAGCUGCGCAGCUUCGACGACCACUUCCAGCGCCUGCUGAACGACUCGGAGCGGACUCUGCAGGACGCCUUCCCCAGCACCUUCGGGGAGCUGUACACGCAGAGCGCCAGGGCCUUCCGGGACCUGUACACGGAGCUGCGCCUUUACUACCGCGGUGCCAACCUGCACCUAGAGGACACGCUGGCAGAGUUCUGGGCCCGCCUGCUCGAGCGCCUCUUCCGGCAGCUGCACCCACAACUGCUGCUGCCUGACGACUACCUGGACUGCCUGGGCAAGCAGGCUGAGGCGCUGCGGCCCUUCGGGGAGGCCCCGCGGGAGCUGCGCCUACGAGCCACCCGCGCCUUUGUGGCUGCUCGUUCCUUCGUGCAGGGCCUGGGCGUGGCCAGCGACGUGGUCCGGAAGGUGGCCCAGGUGCCCCUGGCCCCAGAGUGCUCGCGGGCCGUCAUGAAGCUAGUCUACUGCGCUCACUGCCUGGGGGUCCCUGGUGCCCGGCCCUGCCCUGACUAUUGCCGAAACGUGCUCAAGGGCUGCCUUGCCAACCAGGCUGACCUGGAUGCCGAAUGGAGGAAUCUCCUGGACUCCAUGGUGCUCAUCACCGACAAGUUCUGGGGCCCGUCAGGGGUGGAGAGUGUCAUCGGCAGUGUGCAUGUGUGGCUGGCAGAGGCUGUCAACAUCCUUCAGGACAACAAGGACACACUUACGGCCAAGGUCAUCCAGGGCUGUGGAAACCCUAAGGUCAAUCCCCAGGCCCCUGGCCCUGAAGAGCGGCAGCGCCGGGGCAAGCUGGUGCUGCAGGAGAAGCCGCCCAUGGGCACGCUGGAGAAGCUGGUCUCUGAGGCCAAGGCCCAGCUCCGAGAUGUCCAGGACUUCUGGAUCAGCCUCCCAGGGACGCUAUGCAGUGAGAAAAUGGCCCUGAGCACCGCCAGUGACGACCGCUGCUGGAAUGGGAUGGCCAAGGGCCGGUACCUCCCCGAGGUAAUGGGUGACGGCUUGGCCAACCAGAUCAACAACCCCGAGGUAGAGGUCGAUAUCACCAAGCCAGACAUGACCAUCCGGCAACAGAUCAUGCAGCUGAAGAUCAUGACCAACCGGCUGCGCAGCGCCUACAACGGCAAUGACGUGGACUUCCAGGAUGCCAGUGAUGACAGCAGUGGCUCUGGCAGCGGUGAUGGCUGCCCAGAUGACCUCUGUGGCCGGAAGUCCAGCAAAAAGAGUUCCAGCUCCCGGACACCCCUGACACACGCCCUCCCCGGCCUGUCCGAGCGGGAGGGGGCAAAGACCUCCGCCGCCUGCUGUCCGCACCCCUGCGCCUUCCUCCCCCUCCUGCUCCUCCUCAGCCUGGGCCUUGCAGUAGCCAGACCCCGGUGGUGAUAACAGCCCCAUGGCCCCAAGGAACUGAGGCCAAGGACUGACUUUGCCAAAAUGCAGAAUGGACAAUAUUUAA